GAAGCUGAACAAACGAAACUGAAACAAAACCCCAACAACACACCACCACAGUGACCGUACAGUUUAAUUCUUCAAAUAAAAAACACAAACCAAACACGCAUAACACCUCUGUCUCUGUCUCUGUCUCUGUGAGUGAGUGACUCACAGUACUCUCAAAGUGUAGAGAAGAAACAACAAACCCCUCUCUCUCUCAACGAGGAAGAAAGACGAGCAAAGCUCGCCGAUCUUCCACACCAUUCUGUAAAUCUCGCUGUAAACAACCAGCUACAAACCCGUUUCAAUGGACUUGUACGGUCGGAGCCCCGCCGCCAGGAAUGGAUCCAACCCGGGGAAUCAACCUGAAUGGCGUUCACCGGCUACCGACACUGGCCUUGAAGAGUCGAUGUGGCAUUUGACGCUCGGUGGUGGUGGUGGUGGUGGCGAGCAUUACCCGGAGCGACCUGGUGUGGCUAAUUGUGUCUAUUACAUGCGGACUGGCUUCUGUGGAUAUGGUGGCAGGUGUCGUUACAAUCACCCGCGUGAUCGUGCUGCGGUUGCUGCGGCAGUAAGAGCUACAGGGGAGUACCCAGAACGGGCGGGGGAGCCUCCAUGUCAGUAUUAUUUAAAAACUGGAACCUGUAAAUUCGGCGCAUCCUGUAGAUUCCACCAUCCCAAACAUGGAGGUGGAUAUUUAAGCCAAGCUCCACUUAAUGUUUAUGGAUACCCAUUGCGACCGGGUGAGAAAGAAUGCUCCUACUAUUUGAAAACGGGGCAAUGCAAAUUUGGUUUAACUUGUAAAUUCCAUCAUCCUCAACCUGCUGGCACAUCAAUGCCAGCAUCUGCGCCUCAAUUUUAUCCACAGGUGCAGUCUCCUACAGUUCCUCUGCCUGAACAGUAUGGAGGAGCUUCCACAAGCUUGAGAGUGGCUAGGCCUCCUAUGUUGCCUGGUUCAUAUGUACAGGGGGCUUAUGGUCCUGUACUUCUUUCUCCAGGGGUUGUUCCAUUUCCUGGAUGGAGUCCUUAUUCGGCGCCUGUAAGUCCUGUAUUGUCUCCUGGUGCUCAACCUGCAGUUGGGGCUACUUCUCUAUAUGGGGUGACUCAAUUGUCCUCACCAACAUCUGCUUUUGCUAGACCAUACACUCCUCUGCCCUCUUCUACUGGCCCUUCAGGAAGUGGCCCAAAUGAACAGGUAUUUCCUGAGAGGCCUGGUGAACCUGAAUGCCAAUACUAUUUGAGAACUGGGGAUUGUAAAUUUGGAUUAGCUUGUCGAUAUCAUCAUCCUCGGGAACGGGUUAUGGCACAACCACUUCUUAGCCCCAUUGGUCUUCCUUUUCGUCCGGGGGUACAACCUUGUGCAUUUUAUUUACAAACUGGGCAGUGCAAGUUUGGCUCCGCGUGCAAAUUUGACCAUCCUUUGGGUUCCAUGAGAUACAGUCCAUCCACAUCUUCUCUUAUUGAUGUGCCAGUUGCACCAUACCCAGUAGGAUCCUUGCUGUCUAACUUGGCUCCUUUAACAGCAUCUUCAGAGCUUCGGCCUGAACUGAAGUCUGGGUCCAAAAACGAAUCCUUUUCCACCAGAAUGCCUUCAUCUGGAAAUAGUUCUGGUGCUUCUGUUGGUUUAAUUUUCUCACAAGGUGGGUCUGUCUCGCUAUCUGAUGUGCAACUCUCAACUCAGAGUUCUACCCCUCUAAACAGUAGCAGAAGCACCAGACAAAGUGGUGACAUACGUUGAUCAGGCUAGUACAAAACACAUAAGUGACUCCAGAUUGUCUACUGGAUGUGAUAUCACAAGCCCCCAUUGCUUCUGUCUAUAGUCUUCAGUAUUUAUUGAAUAGCAGCUGUUCUAUGUUCAUAUCUCGCUGUUGAGAAUUCUUCAUCCUAUCCUGUUUAGAGUCUUCAUACAGUCAUUAUCUUUUAUGAUCAUCUCAUGUGAUUAUAUCAUCUUGAUCUCAAAUAAGCUUCACUAGACAACUUCAUAUGGUCUUUCCUUGCUCUUUAGUUUUGCUAUUACUUUGAAACCUUGCAUUUUCUCCUAUAUUUAUCAGGUUUUAUUUCACCAUGUUUUUAAGUAA